AUGUACUUUUAUGUAUUGGUUGGGCUCACAGAAGAUCUUCUUAUACUCAUUAUGGCAUAUGACCGAUAUGUUGCAAUAUGUGAUCCUUUACACUAUCACUAUGUCUUGAGUAUUAAAAACUGUCUAUUAUUGGCCUCUUGCACUUGGCUAUCAGGAUGUUUAAACUCGCUUGUGUUUACAAUCCCAGCAUCACGCAUGUCCUUCUGUCAUUCUCGUAUCAUACAUCAGUUUUUCUGUGACGCCAAAGCUGUGAUUAACAUCUCUUGUGCUGGCAGUAUUGAGUUUUAUAUUGUUAUCUAUCUAGAAUUAUUAGUAUAUGGAUUUUUCCCAGUCGUAUUCAGUUUGAUAUCUUAUGUUAAAAUUAUAGAGGUCAUCUUGCAGAUAAAAUCUAAGGAUGGAAGAAAAAAAGCCUUCUCCACCUGCUCAUCCCACCUCACCAUUAUUAUCAUGUACUAUACAACAAGUUUGUCUGUGUAUAUGAUGCCACCGUCAGAACACUCCAAUGUGCUAGAACCAGUUCUUACUGUACUGUACGCAGUUAUUACUCCCAUGAUAAACCCUCUGAUAUACAGUCUGCGGAAUAAGGAUGUGAAAACGGCUCUGUUAAAGAAAAUAGGAGUAAAGCAAAGCAUUGAACAUUGA